CAGCAGUUUGCCAUACUCCAUAUAGCACUAUAGAGGUAGAGAGAAAAGAGAUUCAAAAAGAAUUAUAUUAAGCAGGAAUGUAUAGAAGAAUGAAUAGUUACAUGGAAAAAGAUGAGGGUUUAAUGUAUAUACGAGGGAUCCCAAACAGUGAAUUCAUCUGCGCCGUUGAAAAUGAUUUUGAGUUAUAUCUUCAGCAGUCUCCAGUCAUUAGAUCUUAGCAUCCUGAGGACCCCAAACAAGUCAGCUUACAUCCCCCCUAGGUUACUCAAAUCAACUGUCAGUGACUUCAUAGAUUGAUACCAAGCUUCGGUUUGGCCAUCUCUAACUUUUGGAAACCAGUCCUAUGUCAGCUGAUGUUCCUGAAGGCAGUAGCGACGCGUCUUAGCCAUGUUUAUUAAUAUAGCUUCACAACUUUAUUGAUCAGAUUGCUCUCCUUACUUAACACUCUACACUUAACCUCUAUAUUUCUCACUAUGUUAUUAUAUCACUUAAAAUGAGAGAGAGAUAGAAUGCAGAAAUCGUUAGUCAAGGGUGACUAGCCUUUUUGUAUCUUCCAGUUUUAAUGUUACACUACCAGUUGUACAGUGUUCAAAGGCACAAAUGUGUAUUUUGUUUAUCGAAUUCAAAAGAAUAAUAUUUAAACGUUAGGAUUUAUGAGUUGUUCGGUUGAUACGUAUUUCUCUAGUAGUUUCCUUUAAAUACAACCAAAAGGAGGACUUCAUUAUAGUUCAGUAUUAGUUGUUGACUCCUGUUACUAUUAUCUAAAGUAAGCAUAAUAAAUGCUAGUAAAGCUUCGAUCAUAGGUGCCUGCGUUUUAUCUCCUGUGUGAAGUGGCAUAAUAAGGUGAGCAGUAUUGAGGAUAGGCAUCCGUCGAUUGCUAGGUGAGUUGGAGGGGAAAUCAAUCCACGAGGCUCUGAAAUUACAUCGACUGAGAUGGUUAGGACAUGUGUUACGUACGUGUGCCUAGUCAUCGCCUUCGUCGACCGACGGGCAAUGUUAGCUGACAUGGGGUCAGACUGGAAAAGAGCUAGCGGCGGUCAAACCAAAACAUGGCAUCAGUCAAUGAAAACCACAACAGUUAGUUUAAGCCAGCCAGCCACGUAGGAAGGUGUAAACUUCCAGAAUGGUUGGGGUCCUCGGGACUGUAAUAUCCAGUCGAUGGAAACAACUAGUUGAUAUGGCUCAAAAUCGUUCUGAAUGGCGCAGAUGCAUCCACUCCUUGUGAAACUAUAUUGUUCUUCGUUAUUACUAUUCCUUUGUCUCACACCUCUGUUUACUAUCUCUAUUAUGCAUUUCUUCUCUUGCUUUGUGUGCUAUAAGGAGUGGAGUGCGGCGACUUGAACUGCUGCACAUCGGUGCAAUACGUUCUUCUAUGUCGAAGACAGACACAGUAAAGCUUGACUUGUGUUGUUUAUUUGUCCUGUCGUAAUACUGGCUUUUACUUAAUGAUUUUGAUAAUACUUAAAAGAUGAUGUCUUUUUGCAGUGGAACGUAAUAUGGCUAUUUCGAAAAAAAGCUGACAAAAUAACACGUGUGUGUAUGUGUUGCUAACAAGAACUUAAUUGUUAAUAGAAUGAAUGGGUUUGAUCAUGUGUAUAGAAAUGUUUUUUCCAGUUAAUUUUUGCAAUGUCUUUUCUUACUUUGUUUCCACUGUAAAGAUAAAUUAUAAUUAGAUAGCUUUUCUUUUCCAUUUGGAUUCAUCGAAAUUAGAGACAAACAUAUUUUAAAGCUAUCAUCAUUUCCACCGUUCAGGUUAUCUUCAAAAUUGAUUUUAAAAAUUCCAUUUCAGACUAGUCAGAAAACAGUAUCUGGUACAGGCAAUUCUUUUCAGUAUCCGCCUCAUCAUUCUGUCACCAAUGAUGCAAGGGAAGGAUUUUAUCCAAAUGAAUCCUUUCAGAAUCAAACAUCUCUACCGGAGUCUUUCAAUCACACUGCAGUGAACCAAUACUAUCAAGCAAAGAGUACAAUUUCGCAGCCUAUGUCAACACCUCCGACUGCUGCCAAUUUCAAUGGCUUACCAUCUACAAUGAAUGUUACAAGUUCAAUGCAUAAACCUCCUCUGGGGUUAUCAGAAGAUAACCACCAGUCACAGCAUUCAAAUGUAAAGUCACAUCUGCAGUCUCCACUGCAACCUCCAAACACGUCGUCUACUUCAAUUCCACAACAAAACGAUUUGUAUGCAUCUGGCAACACAAAUGUACACCCUAAUCCUCCUCAUGUAUUUGGUCAGUAUAAUUCGUCGUUAAACUCUCCUAUACAGUCUCAUGGUACAAACGACUAUGACAAGGUUUCCCAAAGUGGUCACACAUCUGUACGAGAAUUCACCAGUCCUUCUCAACAGUCACUUCCCUUAUCCACUUCAAGUGACUAUCAAACACCAAGUUUCCCGAGUACGCAAGCGCCGCCUAUCCAGUUUUACAACAACACCCAGCAAAAUCCGUCUGUUAAUCUACAGUCCCAUAAUCCUGCUGCAGUGUUGCCUCCACAUCCUAGAACACUUGCAUCUGGUCAAGAUGCACCGCCUCCUGCAAGAGCUCAUAACUUGGGGACUGUGAACAUGGAUCCAUCUGUUAGAUCACCAAAUUUAUACCCACCGCCUCCUAUGCCUGAGGUGCGUCCUCCCUUGAAUCCUACUGGAUCAUCUGGAAUACCUCCACCAUUGCCUUCAGUUCCAAUGCCAAACAUGAUGAGUGCAAAUUAUCAAACUUAUCCUCAACAAAUGCGUUCUAGCGCAGACAAUAUUCGUCAGUCUAAUAUGCCUCGACAUCCAGGUUAUGAUCAGAAUACUGUUUUUCGAACACCUGGAACUGCAACAAGUAUUUCUGAUUGGAAUAGCUUGAAGACACCAAUCAAUCUUCUUCAAGAGCGGUGUUUGUUACCAUCAGAUGGACCUGAUUUACCACCGAAACCCAUGUUGACUACACCAAUCAAUUGUGAUUCUGAUAUAAUGCGAUGUACACUGACAAAUGUACCGUCAAAUUCAAAACUGUUAACUCGUUGUCGUCUACCUCUUGGUCUUGUUAUGCAUCCUUUCCGUGAUUUAACCAACCUGCAUACAAUUCAUACAACAACUAUAGUACGUUGUCGAUCAUGUCGAACUUAUAUUAAUCCAUUUGUCCAAUUUAUGGAUUCUGGCCGUCGUUGGAGGUGUCCUGUAUGCUUUUUGGCAAAUACCGUUCCAGAUGACUUUUACUACGAUCCUGGAACACAAACCUAUGGAGAUCCUUCGAGAAGACCAGAAAUUCGUUCAGCUACUGUGGAGUUUAUUGCCCCGUCGGAAUAUAUGGUUAGACCACCUCAGCCAGCUACUUAUCUUUUUUGUUUUGAUGUUAGUCAUAAUGCAAUUGCUACAGGCUAUUUACAACUUGCCUGUCAACGUUUGGAAGCGUUGAUCAGCCGGAUUCCAGGGGAUUCAAGGCGUCAGGUAGCCUUCAUGACUUUCAACUCCAGUGUGCAUUAUUAUAAACUAAGUGGUGAAACUAUGCGAAUGUUAAUCUGUCCCGAUUUAGAGGAUAUCUUUCUACCGGAUAACGAAGGUUUACUUAACCGAAUCGAUGAUUGUUCUGAUGUGCUACGUGAAUUCCUUUUGCAUUUACAUGAGAAUUUUAUUGGAACAGAUGAUACUGGAAAUUGUCUUGGAUCUGCUCUUCAGGCUGCACAGAAGUUAAUCGGUUCAACAGGCGGUCGAAUUACUGUUUUUAAUACAUGCCUGCCUAACAUUGGUGUCGGCGCGCUCAGUUUACGCGAAGAACCAAGUGAUCGUUGUUCAGUGGACAUAAAACACUUGAAUUUAUCAACUGACUUCUAUAAGACUUUCGCUUUGGAUUGUGCUCAUCAACAGGUGGCUGUGGAUAUGUUUAUCUUUAACUCUCAAUACUGUGAUAUAGCAACAAUAUCUGGAGCUAGUCGUUUUUCAAGUGGUACUAUUCAUCAUUAUCCAGACUUUUGUUACUCACCGCAAAUUCAUGACGCACUACUUGAGAAUGUACAGUCAAACAGUACUACACAAAGUGCCAACACAACAACAAAUAACUACAGCAAGUGUCAAUUUACUGAGUGUGUUGAAGUGGAACGAUUCCGUCGGGAUUUCGAUCGAUAUUUGGUUAGAAAAAUCGGUUUUGAAGCUGUUAUGCGCAUUCGAUGCACUCAAGGACUAAGUAUUCAGACUUUUCAUGGCUCUUGCUUUGUACGUUCUACUGAUUUGAUGUCAUUGCCCAAUGUUAGUCCUGAUUCUGGUUAUGCUGUCCAGUUGGAUUUAUCUGAAAGCUUAGAAAAAUGUGGUACUGUAUGCUGUCAGGCUGCUGUUUUGUAUACAUCAUCCAAAGGUGAUCGACGUAUUCGUGUGCACACAUUAUGCCUACCAGUUGUACAUACUCCAACGGAAGUGUUUCAAGGAGCUGAUCAAGGCGCUAUAGCUUGCCUUCUUAGCAAAAUGGCUGUUGAUCGUACAAUCAUCUCAGGUCUAUCAAAUGCUAGAGAGGCUUUAGCCAAUGCUGUUGCUGAUGCAUUAUCCGCCUACAUUACAAGUUGUGGUAUUUCAUCGAAUUGUAGUUCAACAACCUAUGGUCUACCAUGUCCACCGAAUUUACGAUUACUUCCAUUGUAUAUAUGUGGUCUGCUUCGCUUUAAAGCGUUUAGAGUCGGAGUGGUAACACGCUUAGAUGAUAGGUCAGCAGCACUGGAGCGUAUUAAAUCUGCACCUCCCAAUGAUCUAAUCACUUUAAUGUAUCCGAAAUUGUAUGCUGUACAUCGUUUUGUCUCAAAACCAUUGUCCUCGCAUGCCACCCUUGUACAAAAAGCAGCUAGUCUUCGUUUAGCUGAUCACGGAGAUGAAGAACAACGUCCUUCGGAUUGUGAUGGAACAUCUUCUUCAGGUGAAAGUGAUGCUAAUUCAGAAGCUGAACAAUUACCUAACCAGUUACAUUUAUCCGCUCAAAGUAUAUCACGUUCAGGUGUGUAUUUAUUAGAUACUGGUGAACUUUUAUUACUGUUAGUCGGUUAUGGUGAAGAUGUCUCCCCAGGGUCGAAUACUCCUUCAGAUAGUUUACGUCAACUUCUUGGUAUUACAUCACCUCAUGAACUACCAGUACAAGGUGGUCCAUUCACAUUGCCAAAUAUGAUGAAUUCACCUUCACAACAUGAUAAACAAAGCAAGCUGCUUAACGAAGAAGUGAAUACUUCUUCUAUACCAGUUGGACGUCGUAGACUAUCCGCACUGAUCAAUCUUCUGCGUAGACGUCGACCAGUCAACAAUGCUUUAGUUUGUAUGCGUCAUGAUGCACCAACCACUCUUCGAUCGUUAUUCUUAUCCUGUAUGAUAGAAGAUAAAACAGAAUCAGCUCCAUCUUAUCAAGAAUUUCUUCAAAUGAUUCAAAAUUUAGUUAGGAGUUAGCCUGUAGAGUUGUUAGUGUAACUACUACUACUACCUCCUGGUGGUCUCUUUGAAGUGUUGUUGGUGUAUAAAAGAAAAAAGGAAAAGUUUGGUGUCAUUGUGAGUGCCUUUCAUUGAAUGGAUUCCAUUGUCAGUUAAUUUGACUUCAGUGUGUGUGUGUGUGAGUGUGUGUACACUUUAUUCAACGUGUAGCUUAUUACUACGCCUUCUACUGCUAUCAUUAUUAUAUCAAGCAACACAUAUUGGCAGUGGCCGGGAGGGGGGCGGGUGUUUGAGGGGUGGUUUUAGUGGAUCACCCUUACUGUGUUACUAUUAUUUAGUUCAAUUUGUUUUGUUUCCUCUUCUUUUUUCUUUUCUUUUCUUUUACAACCUAUUUUUCAUAAUUGUCAAUCAUAAUAUACUUUAAGAGACUUGAUUGUUACACAUGCAUAGUAUUAUAGUAAGUAUAUUACAAGAAAAUACACAGGACAAACAAAAUAUCCUUUUAUUAUUUAUUGAAAAUGGUCUAUUUAUACACAUUACCCCUUUUAUUCCUUCUUCUAGCUGAAUAUAUAUUUAUAUGAUCUUCGUUUUUACCACCCGUUUCCCCUUGUUCCUAUUAAGUAUUAUAUUGUGUUACUAAGUUGUACUUAAUGGCGGGGGGGGGCAGUAAUGAGAUUGAGUAAGCAAAAGUAGAUAAUUCUGGUUAUUUUCAAAAAAAAAUGCCUUCAGAGAGAAAUCUUGUCGCGACGAUUUCUUUUUUCACUUUGAUUUUCUCUCUUCGACACUGUGUGUGGUGUGUGUGUGUGUGCGUGGGAGGGGUCUUCAAUUGAAUGUUUCCUUUCUUUGUUUGUUUUUUUUUCAAUUAUAUUGCUCUGGGACUUAGAUGCGCCUCUGUGUGUGUACGCGUGUAUGUGUGUACUUCCAAUGCAUGCAUGUGAUCAGUGAAAUUGCAUUGUGUGCCUGGUUUUUGUCUGUGUGUGUGUGUGUGUGUUAAUCCAGAGGAUCCUGUGACACAACAGCACACGUACACUUUUCAAUAAGAGUAUUUUAUUUGAUGAUGAUUUCAUAUUAUUACACAUCUUUCUCAUACA